CAUCGGCGUCCCCGAGCGCACGCCGCGUCGCGAUCCCCGAACGAACAUUUAAUACGAAAGUAAACAAAUAAAAUGUGAAUAUAUAAACUUUCUUAUAACAUGAUAGUAAGUGAUCUGACAACUGUUGAAGAUACAUCCCACACUCAAAGAUGAAAGCGUGGAGUGCUCACGAGCAGGACACGUCGUUGUCUUGCUGUCGCACGCUGCACGUCAAACACGCUGCCUAUGCUAGUGCCCUCUAUACCCUGAAUAUAUCAAUAUUAGUGGUGCUGUUGUACAGUUGGAGAAUCGGCGUCAAUGCCAAGAGAUAUAAAGAGCUGGAUGACGUAUAUUAUGGUGUACAGAUAGCAUAUUUUGCAAUUAUAGGAACACAGAUGUUCAUGAUAGUCCUCAGCAUAUUCCUUUUCUAUGGAAUUUAUAAAGAAAACGUGGCAUUUCUAGUGCCGUGGGUGGUCGGCUGCAUGACUUUCAUGGCGUUAGAAGCCAUGGCCAUGGUUUAUUCCAAUAUUCUUAGAGAUCAUGUUAACAAGCAAUUCGACUCAAUGUGCAAAGCCGAAAUAUCAUUCUUAAUACCACGGAUACUUCUAAAUUGUCUAUGCAUAUGGUGCAUCCUCCGACUGUACCACCUCCUCCGCGCCGGAGUCACAUGGAAGGGCGCAGCACCUAUCGAGCUGUGACUACUACCCCCCCUCCAAGCUUCGGAGCCACAGCCGCGGAACUCGCAGCCUUGCGAGUCAACUCUCCUUCUGGGAGGGGCAGAAAGUGACACCGACGCUAGCCUUCACGAACUCUGACGAUACUCGUCUUUAAAUAUAUCAAGUUUUGUUUACUGUGAAAGCUUUUUGAUACGUCACCGAUGUUAAUGGACAAUAAGUAUUCUUUUGUUUUUUAUGACACAAAACUGAGACUGGAACUGAAAAUGCACCUUCGUGUAUGUGAAAUGAUUCCUUGACGGAGAAGUUAGGACAUGAUCAUACAUACCUCUCUGUAACAAAGGAGCAAUCUUUGUCAAAGGAAGCUUAUUUGUACAUCGAUUCAUGUUUAGUUCGUAACAAGGUACAUAUUUCUUGAAAGAAAAAUGUAAGAAUGGUCCCCAAGAAAUUCAACUUCAGAAUGCGAUGUGCAUUUGUUUCCAUCAUACAACUUCCAAUUAUUUGUGAAUGUAUUUGAAAAUGUAAAAAUACUGUCUCCGUUCCGCGAAGUAACACUAUGUCUCCUAUCCCCAAGCUAACCGAUUUUCCGAAACAGCGUAAAAGGAUAAUAAAUAUUUCAGCGUGACGGCGACGCUCCGGCCUCCUUGCGCCAGAAAAUUCUGUAAGACAUGAAUUUAUAGUGGCGUAUUUAACAACUUACUUGGUUUAUGAAUAUCUGAGAUGCUAUUUUGAACCUUGUUUAUGUCAAAGCAUUGGUACUGUGACUAGAAUAAUAACGAACCUUGCAUAAAAUAUGAACACUUCUAUAGGUACAUAAGGUCUUAAAGUAUUGAUACGAUCUUGGAAGGUAGCUUUGACCUAAUUGCUUGCUACACAUAUAAGAUUUCUAGUGUUCGGUAUAAAGCCUAAAUCACCAAUCUAACAUCCAAGACCGGGUUUGCAGAUAGCAAUGACCGAAGGAUUCGUCUCGAAAAUUCGACGGACUGUUUUUGUGCUAGUUUCGGGCCCUUUCAUACGCAGUAAGACGUAAAACCAAGGAGAACGUUUGAUAUAGUAGAAUGAUUUGAAUUCGUGAAUUACUGGCAUGUAAAUUGUAGAACCAAUGUUAGUUUAUGACGCAAUUUAGUACCUUUAAUUAUAUUUUGGCAAAUGGCGUCACUAUUUCAUCGAGGUUGACAGUACCACAUUAAAAUUUGCAGUAGGUAAAUUACUGAACUAUAUGUAUGAAUGCAUUAACUAAAUUACAAACAGAUGUUAUUUUAAAGCUUAUUUUAAUGCUAAAAUUAUGUUUAUUUUCAUCUGCUUAUGUUGAAAAUAAAGUAAAAUAUACACAAUGCAAAAAAUGUCAGUGCAGUUAAUAUUUAAAAAGCGUAAUUAUGCAAAUUAAGGUUUAAUAAAAGCGAUGUGGGCUUUGCAUGGAGCAUGCAUUGCGUGUUUUAAGUCAAAAUGACGUUACAAAGGAAUUUCUUUUGCGGACUUUUAAUUAUUGUUGUUGCAAUUUCAAAGUAGAAAGACAGGUUUAAUUAGUACGAUGAAAAAAGUAAUUUUGUAAUUCGUAUUUUUUGUUGUAUAUUUUAGCAAAAGUCUCUCAAAACAAAUACUGUGUUAUAUAACAUUUUUCUAUCUUUAGUUUAUAUUGAAGGAAAAGGAUAAAAAAUACUUCAGAGGGUUUUCGAAUGACGUGUCAUUUAGCGGUUCAAUCUUCCAUGUUAUCGAGAGUACAAUAAUAUUGUUCACAGCGUAUCAUGUUAAGAUAUCAAUUUGUUGUUAGGUAUAUAUUUGUAUGGAGGGCUAGUUUCAUCACUUUUUCAUAAAAUAAUCUAAAGUAUACUUACUGAAAUAACUGGGAAACUUGUCGACAAUUUUGUGUAGGUUUUUGAGGUAUGCUAUAGUUAUCGGCAUGAAUCUUGAGCUCACCUGCGCAGAAGUAAUUUAUUGGGUCCCUUUUGUGGUAUGAAGUGAGGCGCGGGGGCGGGCUAAAGCGGUGAAUGGCCCGCAGCGCAUCGCGUCAUAGUCGUCACUCGGGAUUGGUUCUUUGCUAAUAGGUAAAUCACUUCUGCGCAGAUGUAGGUCAGAGCUCAAGAUUCGUGCCGAUAACUUUAGUAAACUUGUCUAAUAAUACCCCAAAACAGAAAACUCGCUGAUGAAUGUGAGUUUAAGUUUAGUCUACUUAAAAAUGUCUACCAGCUCUCGGACUAAAAUGUGAAUUCUGGCUGAAUAUAGCUUAUCUGGAGGUGAUGAAACAAGUCAUUAGACUUAUAUUUUUUUAUAACUAGGGUGUUGUUUUGUAUGCUGUAAGUUCUUUAAAGUUACGUUGUUGAUUAAAUGUGGAUUAAUUUAUUGAUACAGGCCGACAAUUUUUUUCAGGACAUGAUUUAUUUCUGUACUAUGAAAAGUGUCAUAAAAAAUGCUUUGAUUAUGAAAUAGAAUAUUUCAUCUGUUGGAACAUUUGCUUCACAACGUGACUUUAAAGAACUUUUGAACUGUAAAUAAAGCUUGUUCAUAACAAUAACGAUAUAAACAAAGUUGUCAAAGAGCAACUUUUUAAUACCGUCGCGGUUUUACAAAUAUUUUGAAAACAAAGCAAAACUAAAGCCUCUGUUCGAUCAAAACUUUGAUCUCCAAUAAAUUUGUAAAUAAUAUAAACGUAGAUCUAAAGAAAUAUUUUGUAUAUAAAUGUAUAUUUAUAUAGACGCUGAAACAAAGCUUGUUUUAAUGCUUGUAAAUAAUAGAAAAUGACUUUUUAUUGGGUGAUGUAAACGCCCGUAAUUGUAAAUGCUAUAAAAUAGACAAAAUGAAAAAAAUAUACGUUACAAUGAAAUUCCGAUAUUAUAAACGUCUAAUAAAUUGAAUGUUGAAACUGU